CCCCCUCCACUUCUCCCCCUUUCCGCAAGAAAGACCAGAAAAUUUACGAAUUAAUCCAAUACAUAGUCAAAUAAUUUUGACAUAUUUGAACACCCAUGUGUUAAUCGAGCACGCAAAAAUAAUCACUUGCACGAAUUAAAACGGUACGUGUAGGUGGAUAUAAACCAGCACACACACACACACAAGCGCGCACACCUUCACAAUUUCGCACACACACGUGCCUUUGCGCGUUUACAUGUACACAGAUAGGUACACAGAUAACGAAAUUAAGUUUAUAGAAGGCUGGGGGAGGUUCUUCCUGCGUCGACCACACUGCGCACACACUCACACACGUCAGCCAAACGACAGUCAAACGACAGCCACAGGGCAGCCACCCCCCCUCCAACGUCGUGUAAUCGUUAACGACCACCGCUAGCGGCAACCAAAGCAAGUGAACCACUUCUCACACAAUGGGAAAUUACUGCAGAAAAAACAAAGCGAAGGAACCCAAAAGAAGAGACAUAGACGAGUUAGCCGAGCGCGAAAAACUUCAAAACGAAGUUGAGGAACUGCCAGAGCAAGUUCCAGAAGAUAUAGAAGAAGAACUUAAUGAUCAGCCAGAAGAGCCUCCAGAACAGGAGGAAGAAAAUGAAGAAAUCAAAGAUGAUGAGGAUAUAGAUUAUCCCAUACAAGAAAAUAAAUCCUUUGAUGAAAAAAAUCUGGACGAUUUAGAAAGAUCAAAUUCGGACAUAUAUUCAGAAUCGCAUAAGUACGAUAACAACAGCGACAAAUUGGAAACGGGUUCGCAGUUAACCCUCUCAACAGACGCAACAGGCAUCGUGCAACAAGUUACAAAGCUGAGUGAGCCUGCCCAUGAAGAGAGUAUAUACAACACGUACAAGUCGGUCACCCCAUGUGACAUGAAUAAAUUGGACGAGACGGCGAAAGUGUUUUCAAGACGAUGUGGAUGUGACCUUGGAGAUCGCCACGAUGAAAAUGCUUGCAAAAUAUGUAGAAAAAUAGACCUCUCCGAUACACCCCUACUCAGUUGA